ACUGCCAUCAACUCUUUGAAAUCGGUAUUAUAAAGAACGCGUGUAUUUUAAACGAGGCCAUAUUGAAAUAAGCGCCGACUAGCGAAUGACUAAUUAACUUACUAUAAUUUAACACAUCGGCAACAAACAUGGCCACCAUGGAGGAGGCGAAAGUUGACAUGUACGAUGAUACGGUUUACGCCGUCGAUGAUCCACAACACGUGGAAGGAGAGAUGACAGUUGGAUCCAGGCAAAAAUCUAACAUUGGGGAACCUGACUUUAAUACUCUUGACGAACCAAUUAGAGAAACCAUUCUCAGAGAUGUUCGAACAGUUGGAAGAAAAUUCUACCAUGUCUUAUACCCAAAGGAAAAGAAGAGCUUACUUAAAGAAUGGGAUCUUUGGGGGCCUUUGGUAUUAUGUACAUUUAUGGCAACGAUCUUACAAAGGUCCGAUAGUACCGAUGAUGUAAAUGAUGGGGGGCCAGAAUUUGCUGAAGUAUUUGUCAUUGUUUGGAUUGGAUCUAUGAUUGUAACUCUGAACUCCAAAUUAUUAGGUGGCAACAUAUCAUUUUUCCAAAGUGUCUGUGUCCUGGGGUAUUGUCUAUUGCCUACUGCCAUAGCUCUCAUAAUUUGCAGAAUUAUUUUACUAACUGAUCAGAGUGUACUGUGGUUCAUUAUACGAUUUAUUAUUACGAUAAUUGGAUUCCUUUGGGCAACGUAUGCCGCCAUGGUGUUUCUUGGUGACAGUCAGCCAACGGGAAGAAAAGCAUUGGCAGUGUAUCCAAUCUUCCUGUUUUACUUUGUAAUUUCGUGGCUAGUGAUAUCUCAGACGUGAACAAUUUUGAGUGCAAAACCAAGUCAAUUUUGACCUCAAGACUGUAUAAUAUUGUGCACAAACUUCAUUAAAAGAUUGACAUUCAAUCAAAAGGCAUAUAGGCUUACAAACAGCCACCUGUUAUUUUUUAUUCCUGCAUCUGGUACAAAAUCUUCAUCUGCAUGUACACUCCGGACUAUUUAACAUCUGAAUAAACUAACUUGAUCAUCAAUAUUCAGCCUUGCAUUUGCUAAAAUCGAUAGUAUUUUAUUUUUAUCAUCAAAUGAAAAUAUUAUAUUUAUUAUGUAACAUUAUGAUGUAUAGUGAGAUAGCUAUGAAAAUGGCAUAAGACAAAUAUUCCAAUAAAAAGGAAAAAAUGAGAAUGAAAAAGAA